UGGAUGUUGUAAAGGAGAGUGGAAUCUAUAUACUGGAACAAGAUUUUAACAUGGAAGAUAUCCAAUUCACUUGUCCUAAAUUUAAUUCAAUUCCCAUGAAUAUUGUCCAAGAAGAGCAACCAACGCUGAAAAAGAGGCGGUUGAUGGAAGAUAAUGAUCUUAUUUUAAUUCGAGAUUCCAUGAGUGUCGACCAAGGUAAGAAGGAUUUCCAUAGCAAUCUUCUGCGGCUACAAGAAAUUGAAUACGAAAAGCAAAACGCAGACAAUAAACAUUCAAUUUUCAAGUAGAGAAAAUGAAGAAUCAGUUAAAGUAAGGAGGCUAAAUAAUAAUAUGCCACAUCAACAAGACGAAGCUUUAACCAGUGAUCAAAUCACAGAGAGCUGUGAAUAUGUCAUAAAUGGUAGAGGAAAAGACAUUGUACUCUACAAAGAUGAUCCCAUUAAUGGCAACAAUAUAACAGAGAUGAUCGGACAAGACUACAUAUAUGACUCAAAUACCAAAAGCAGCAUGACAUGGGAUCCAAUGGAAUGUGAAUAUGAAGGAACAAGUCAUGCUAACAAUAAUAAGGAUCCAUAUGACCAGAGAAGACAUCAUCCAUGUGUGCAUGUCAAUAAUGAUAGUCCUUCCACAGAAGAGCAACCAACGCUAAAAAAGAGGUGGUUGAUGGAGGAUAAUCAUGUUAUUUCAGGUUCCAUCAGUGUCAACCAAGAACAAGACUCCCUUGUUUCAAGUAAGGAGGAUCUCCAUAGCAAAUUUCUACCGCUACAGGAAAUUGAAUACAAAAGCAAAGCACAAAUAAUGGUCAUUCAACCUUCAAGUAGAGAAAAUGAAGAAUUGGUUCAAAUAAGAAAGCCAGGUAUGAAUAUGACGCAACAAAAAGAUAAAGCUUCAACCAAUGAUCAAAUCACAAAGAACUUUGAAAAUGUCAUAAAUGGCAAAGGAAAAGACAUGUUACUCGACAGAGAUGAUCCCAUCAAUGACAACAAUAUAACAGAGAUGACUGGACAAGAUAACAAAUAUGACUCAAAUGGCAACAUGACAUGGGAUCCAAUGGAAUGGGAAGAAUAUGAAGCAACAAGUCAUGAUCAUAUUAAUAAUAAUAAGGAUCAACAUGAACAGAGAAGAGAUCAUCCAUGGUUUUUGUGUUUCCAUCUCUUCACUUUCGUUGCCUCGCUCUGUUCUUCUUCUUAAAUAGAUCUUUCUCCAUUACAAGACACCAGAAUGAAUUAUCACUGAACCUUAUUUAAUUUGAACUCUUUUUUUAGCUAUAAAUCCUGGACUUUGGACUCUUUUGUAAUGGUUUUGGUUUCCUC